AUGUCUUCCCGCUACCAGCAGGGGCUUGGCCAGGACGCGUCCUCACUUUCCGGCCCAGUGCGGCAGCGGUCAAAACAAGCCUGUCUCCCUUGCCGACGCCGCAAGAGGAAAUGCGAUGGAAACCUGCCCUGCAAUAUCUGUAAAGGGUACGGAUAUGACUGUGAAUUUGACAAUGGAGCCCAGUCAGCCAAUUUAAAACGACCUGUGCCCUCAGAUGGGUCGCCGCAGCCUGGUGGGAAGGUGACCCGCUUGACAUACCCACAAGAGCACCCAAAGCAACCCACGGAGUCCCCCUUCUUCCCUGGAAUCCUCGAGCCCUCAAAAGCUCGAUAUGUCGGGAGGUAUUCAUCUAUCGCCUUCCCCCUCUAUGUCGGCCUGGAGGUUCAAGCAACAAAGAUUCCGCGUCUGCACUCGUUUGCAUACCACACGGGCAUUCGCAAGGAACCGCCUUGUGCGGUGACUUGUGAGGCUGCCCAGAAAAUCCCAUGGAACACGGCAAGAAGCCUUAUUGAAGUCUACACGGCUACAGUGCAUCCCGUAUUUGGCUUCUUGGAUAUGGAUCAACUCUAUGUGCGGUGCGAGAAACACUGGCAUGGACAACCCCAAGAUUUGGUCUUUGAGGCCAUGAUGAGUGGAGUCAUUGCUAUGGCGUCACUAUUCAGUGGAACUCUGGAUCAGGAUACAGAAAUGUGGUUUAUCUUACACGCAAAGGAGAUCCUGGAAGAUUGCGUAAUCAGUCGCUUCCCUUCUUUGGAGCAGAUUGCGGCAUGGACUUUGCGAACCAUUUACAUGCGGUGUACUGCGAGGCCACAUGUGACUUGGCUUUCCAGUUGCACUGUCAUGCAUCUUGUGGAGGCGGCUGGAUUGCACCAUGCAUCUGAAUUCGUGAUGCAGACGACUGGUAAUGCGGCACCGAGUCCAGAGAUGUUCAACAUUGUUAAUCGGGUUGCCCGGGUCGCAACCAGCCUUCAUAUUUUGAUUGCAUUCGAGUAUGGAAGAUCUAUCAUCACCUUGAAUGGUCAGAUUCUCGAGAAUCUGCACCCCACGACCGGAGCAAAGGAUCUGACUUUUCAACUGUGCAGCCUGGUUGCAGCUGUUCCUACGAACCUGUCCGGGGAUGCUCUGCCCAUGAUGCAAGAGCUAUUCUCCUCUUUGGACAUGAUAACCAGUGUCACUGUCGACCAUGACUUUCUUCUUCUGUUACGUGCAGACCUUGCAUUGGGCAUAUACCGCCGGCUCCGUGUCAUGGAUUCCAAAUUCCAACAAGGACAUAAUGACCGCGUGAUUGCCGCGGGAACAGCCGCCCUACCAGCAGCACGGAGGCUAGCUAGCCAGAACCGGCCUUGGUGGAAUGUUAUUGGCACUGUAUUCCAAUUUGCCUGCGCUCUCCUUGUCAUGGAUACCCCGACAAGCUGCGAAAGACUCGUGGAAACCAUGGACACCCUGGAAAUGAUCGUUGAUCAUCUGAACACUCAUUUGGCCAAAGAAGCUCUCUCAACGGCCCGUCAGCUUGUUCGAGCUUCGUUGGACAAGAAAAGGAGGGGCGUUGAGUCCCUCGAGCACAUAGUUCGAGAUGCCUCACCCGACUCUACUGUGAGCGACACAAAUGACCACCUGCCGCAGGACACUGCAGCCAUGAGCCCGUCACUCACGUCGCAACUACCCCUUGAUCUGGAUUCUCUGUGGGCUAUGGAGUUUCAACUUCCAUUGUAA